CGUCGUUCCAGUACGUCAUCCGCGUCGUUGAGUUUAGUUUUACGAGUCCGGGUUCUCUUUACGAGUUUACGCUUACUCGUCCGGUUUACGGAGUGUUUGGUUUUCAACUCCUACGUGUUGCACUGAGGAAUUUUAUCCAGCUGGUAUUUUCCAAGGGAUGCCCCGAGCGAGGCGCGAUGGGGCGGAGCUGGCGACCCGGCGGCGGGUAGAGGGAGCGCGGGAAUAAGCGUGUCAUGUAAUCUCCCGGGGGAAGCGGAUGCAACAAUGGCAACAACGGCAACAACGCGCGUCGUCACGCAGCGGCAACGGCGGGAGCCGUGUCCGAGGGGCACCAAGGAACUCUGGCCGCUGGCCCUCACCCUCUGCGCCGUCCUGGGCCUCGCCGCGGGCCACCCGAGCCACCGCAAGCACCACGGCCAGACGAGCCACCUGAACAACCACAAGAACCACAACUUCGACGAGGACCACUACGCCUCCUUCGCCGCCUACCAGGAGCCCAACAACAAGACAGGCACCUCCAACGGCGACCGCAAGUUCAAAGCCGGCGAGGAGGAGCGAAAGUACAUCUUCGACGGGCAGCGGAGAUUCAAGUCCCUGGAGCACGAGAGGCAUACCCACGCCGACUACGAGGAGUCCUUCGUCAACGACCCCCUGGUGGUGCGCACCAAGUCGGGUUUGAUCCGCGGGGUCGAGAAGCAGGUGAUGGGGCACAAGGUGCACGUCUUCACGGGGAUCCCAUUCGCUAAGCCGCCGGUGGGCAUGCUCCGCUUCCGCAAGCCGGUCGAGAUCGACCCCUGGCGCGGCGUCCUCAAUGCCACCAGUCUCCCCAACAGCUGCUAUCAGGAGCGGCUCGAGUACUUCCCCGGUUUCCAGGGCGAGGAGAUGUGGAACCCUAAUACCAAUAUCAGUGAGGACUGCCUCUACCUCAACCUUUGGGUGCCCCAGAAGAUGCGGCUCCGACACCGUAGACAUAUUCAUCAGAAGGCUCCGGUGUUGAUCUGGAUCUACGGCGGCGGGUACAUGACGGGGACGUCGACUUUGGAGCUGUACGACGCGGACAUCGUGGCCGGGGUCUGCAACGUGAUCGUGGCCUCGCUCCAGUACCGGGUCGGCUCCUUCGGGUUCCUCUACCUGAAACCGCUCUUGCCGGAGGGCAUUGAAGAGGCCCCUGGGAACAUGGGCCUCUGGGAUCAGGCCAUGGCCAUCAAGUGGAUCAAGGACAACAUCGCCGCCUUCGGCGGGGACCCCGACAUGCUCACCCUCUUCGGCGAAUCCGCCGGCGGCAGCUCGGUCAACAUCCACCUGAUUUCACCGGUGACAAAGGGCCUGGCGCGGAGAGGGAUCCUCCAAUCAGGGACGCUCAACAUGCCCUGGUCCUACAUGGAGGCAGAAAAAGCCAUGCAGAUCGGUAAAAUCCUCGUGGACGACUGCAAUUGCAAUUCUUCACAGCUCGAAGAGAACCCGACCAAAGUGUUCGCAUGUAUGCGGGCUGUCGAUGCCAAAAUCGUGUCCAGCCAACAAUGGAGCUCGUACUUUGGCAUUUUAGGAUAUCCUUCGGCACCAACCAUCGAUGGAGAGUUCUUGCCAAAACAUCCUUUAGAACUAAUGAAAGAUCAAAAUUUUGAUGACAUAGAACUAUUAAUCGGGAGUAACAGGGAUGAGGGUACUUACUUCCUGCUGUACGACUUCUUGGAGUUUUUCGAAAAAGACGGCCCGAGUCUCUUGCAGCGGGACAAGUUCUUGGACAUCAUCCAUACGAUAUUCAAGAAUUUUUCUCCUCUCGAAAAGGAAGCUAUUAUAUUCCAGUACACGGACUGGGAAAAUCUAGGUGACGGUUACGCGAAUCAGAAAAUGAUCGGAGAAAUUGUUGGUGAUUAUUUCUUCAUCUGUCCAUCCAACUAUUUCGCUCAAGUCAUGUCAGACAACGGUGCCAAAAUCUACUAUUACUACUUCACGCAGCGGACGAGCACUAAUUUGUGGGGCGAGUGGAUGGGGGUGAUGCACGGCGACGAGGUGGAGUAUGUGUUCGGGCACCCGCUCAACAUGUCGCUCCAGUACAAUGCCCGCGAACGGGACCUCAGCAAUCGAAUUAUGGAAGCUUUCUCCAAAUUCGCAAUGACAGGGAAACCAACAGGAGAGGAUGUGACUUGGCCGCAGUAUACGAGGAGCAAUCCACAAUACUUUAUAUUUCAUGCGACCACAAGUGGACUAGGGAGUGGACCGCGCUUAACCGCUUGUCAAUUCUGGAACGAAUUUUUGCCCAAACUAAGAAAUGUGUCUGAAAAUAUAUCCUCGACGACAGACAUCAAAAGCUGCUGUAGCCAAGAGAUGAGCCUGGGCGACUGCAACAACACCGCCCUGCGAGUGAGCGACAGCGGCGGUCGGGCGGCGCCGGAAAUGGGCUUCCUCCUCUUGGCGCUGUUUCCGGUCCUGCUCACGUCCAUCAGAUAAGCACCGGGCAUGGCUGGCGGGUCACCGCUCGACACAGCUCCGGCGGCUCCCAUCGCGAUGCGCCCUCGGCCGCGCCGCCACCCGCGACAAAACACCCACGCAGACACCGGCCACUCCGUCCCGUCUCGCCGCCGUCACUUCCGUCCGUCUGCAAAUCUGGAACCCACUCGUGGAAGACUCCGCCGUUGAGGCCUCAUCUGGGGGAAAACACACGGA